GGAAGGGGUGGGCAGAGCUCGCAGCACCGCCGGGCGCCCGUCGGGCUCUGGGAGAGACAGAAAUCCGGUUAAAAUCAGAGUCGGAGGGAGGUUUAACCACGGAUCGGUCCCGAUCGGAUUAUUCCUUAAAGGGGACGCGCCAUUGUCAAAGAGAACGAAGCCUGGGGCCCGAGGGCGGGGACCGGCGGCGCUGGAGGAGCGAGGCAGCUGCACGGGACUGGGGACCUGCCUUCGACAUUCCGCGUUCUGCUUCACACAUGGAGAGUUGCCGCCGCUGCUUUUACCCAGCGUGCCCACGUCAGUGCCUGUAAAGUGCAAGCUCCAGGGUGGAAACGUUUCUAGAUGGAUCCUUUCCAAAUUUGGUGUCUUUUCUACAAACUCUGUGCCUCAACAUCCAUUUCUAAGUGAGAAGAAGCCAUUUAUUUGAAUCUGGGCAGUUAACCUCCAAAUGCUAAUUCUCCAAACUGCUUGAGAGUCAUGCACGAUUAGAUGCUCCAUGUCACCACCAAGAACUUAGUCUGGCGUGGCCCUACGCUUCAGCACCAGUCAGCAAAGUGAAUAAGUUCUGUGCUGCUUCCAACUUCCAUUCCACUUUGGGAAGAAAGAGCAUCAUCAUGUCAAGCAUCACCAUUGACCCGGAGGUCAAGCCUGGAGAAUAUGUCAUCAAGAGCCUCUUUGCAGAAUUUGCUGUUCAAGCUGAAAAGAAAAUUGAAGUUGUAAUGGCUGAACCCUUGGAGAAGCUGUUAUCCAGAUCUCUGCAGAGGGGUGAAGACCUACAGUUUGACCAGUUGAUAAGCUCCAUGAGCUCCGUAGCCGAGCACUGUCUCCCUUCCUUACUCCGAACCUUGUUUGACUGGUACAGACGCCAGAACGGAACCGAAGAUGAAUCUUACGAGUACAGGCCUAGGUCUAGCACGAAAUCGAAGGGAGAUGAGCAGCAUCGUGAGAGAGACUAUCUUCUGGAACGGCGGGACUUAGCUGUAGACUUCAUUUUUUGUUUAGUCUUGGUUGAAGUUCUAAAGCAGAUUCCCGUUCACCCUGUGCCCGACCCCUUGGUUCACGAGGUUCUGAACCUAGCCUUUAAGCACUUUAAGCACAAGGAAGGAUACUCAGGAACCAACACUGGGAACGUUCAUGUCAUUGCGGAUUUGUACGCAGAGGUGAUUGGCGUUCUUGCCCAGUCAAAGUUUCAGGCUGUAAGGAAGAAGUUCGUGACCGAGUUAAAAGAGCUACGACAGAAGGAGCAGAGCCCGCACGUGGUUCAGAGUGUCAUCAGCUUGAUAAUGGGGAUGAAGUUUUUCCGAGUGAAGAUGUAUCCUGUGGAAGAUUUUGAAGCAUCAUUUCAGUUCAUGCAGGAAUGCGCUCAGUAUUUCUUAGAAGUAAAAGAUAAGGAUAUAAAACAUGCGCUCGCUGGCUUAUUUGUGGAGAUUCUUAUCCCUGUAGCUGCUGCUGUUAAAAAUGAAGUCAAUGUCCCCUGUUUGAAAAAUUUUGUGGAGAUGCUCUAUCAGACUACGUUCGAACUGAGCUCCAGGAAGAAGCAUUCACUGGCUUUGUACCCACUAAUUACCUGUCUUCUGUGUGUCAGUCAGAAACAGUUUUUUUUAAAUAACUGGCAUAUUUUCCUACAAAACUGUUUGUCACAUUUAAAGAUGCCAUCUAACAACAGUAUCAGAAAACAAAUAGAAACCCUGCAGAAUAAAGACCCUAAAAUGUCUCGAGUCGCGCUGGAGUCCUUGUAUAGACUGUUGUGGGUUUAUGUAAUUAGAAUAAAAUGUGAGAGCAAUACUGUAACUCAGAGUCGCCUGAUGAGCAUAGUGUCCGCACUUUUCCCAAAAGGCUCCCGCAGCGUGGUUCCCCGUGACACCCCUCUCAACAUAUUUGUGAAGAUCAUCCAGUUCAUUGCUCAGGAACGUUUGGAUUUUGCAAUGAAAGAAAUAAUAUUUGAUCUUCUCAGUGUUGGAAAAUCUACCAAGACUUUCACCAUUAAUCCAGAGAGGAUGAACAUUGGCCUCCGGGUCUUCCUUGUCAUCGCGGACAGCCUGCAGCAGAAAGAUGGCGACCCUCCCAUGCCUACCACGGGCGUCAUUCUUCCCUCAGGAAACACCCUUCGCGUGAAGAAGAUUUUUCUCAAUAAAACCUUGACAGACGAAGAGGCAAAAGUCAUAGGAAUGUCGGUUUACUAUCCUCAAGUAAGAAAAGCAUUAGAUAGCAUUCUCCGACAUUUGGACAAAGAGGUUGGGAGACCAAUGUGUAUGACCAGCGUGCAGAUGUCCAACAAGGAGCCUGAAGACAUGAUUACGGGGGAAAGAAAACCCAAAAUCGAUUUGUUUAGAACAUGCAUUGCUGCGAUCCCCAGGCUGAUUCCCGAUGGCAUGAGCAGAACCGACCUCAUUGAGCUGUUAGCAAGGCUCACGGUCCACAUGGACGAAGAGCUGCGGGCCCUGGCCUUCAACACGCUCCAGGCGCUCAUGCUCGAUUUUCCAGAUUGGCGGGAGGACGUUCUUUCAGGAUUUGUAUAUUUUAUUGUUCGUGAAGUGACGGAUGUCCACCCCACCCUUCUUGAUAAUGCUGUAAAGAUGUUGGUACAGUUGAUAAAUCAGUGGAAACAGGCAGCUCAGAUGUAUAACAAGACCCAGGACUCCCAGCAUUGUAUCGCUAAUGGAGGUCAUCAUCCCCCUCCUCUGGAAAGGAACCCAUAUUCCACUGUGUUCCAUGUGGUCGAAGGCUUUGCACUGGUCAUCCUCUGUAGCAGCCGGCCCGCCACCAGAAGACUAGCUGUCAGUGUCCUUAGAGAAAUACGGGCUUUGUUUGCACUUUUGGAGGUCCCUAAGGGUGAGGAUGAGCUAGCCAUAGAUGUGAUGGACAGACUCAGCCCCUCCAUUCUUGAGAGCUUCAUACAUCUCACGGGGGCCGAUCAGACUACUUUGCUGUAUUGCCCCAGCUCGGUAGAUCUGCAGACGUUAGCAGAAUGGAACUCCUCUCCCAUCAGCCACCAGUUUGACGUGAUCAGUCCCUCCCACAUUUGGAUAUUUGCACAUGUGACCCAAGGCCAAGACCCGUGGAUUAUAAGUCUCUCCAGUUUUCUAAAGCAGGAAAAUCUUCCUAAACACUGCUCCACAGCUGUGAGCUACGCGUGGAUGUUCGCGUACACGAGGCUGCAGCUGCUGUCCCCCCAAGUUGAUGUAAAUAGCCCCAUCAAUGCAAAGAAGGUAAACGCCACCACGAGCAGUGACUCCUACAUUGGCCUGUGGAGAAACUACCUAAUUCUCUGCUGCAGCGCAGCCGCCUCCCCCUCCCCGACCCCCUCCCCCUCCUCCUCGGCAUCCACAGGCCCCAUGAGAUGCUCUCCUCCUGAGACGCUGGCGUCCACCCCUGACAGUGGUUACAGCAUCGACGCCAAGAUUAUUGGCAUCCCAUCCCCUUCAUCCUUGUUCAAGCACAUAGUUCCAAUGAUGCGCUCCGAGAGCAUGGAAGUCACAGAGUCCCUUGUUCUAGGUCUUGGCAGGACCAACCCAGGAGCCUUUAGGGAGCUGAUAGAGGAGUUACACCCCAUAAUUAAAGAAGCACUUGAAAGAAGGCCAGAGAAUAUGAAACGGCGCAGGCGUCGAGACAUAUUACGAGUACAGCUGGUCCGGAUAUUUGAACUGCUGGCGGAUGCUGGUGUCAUUAGUCACAGUGCAAGCGGUGGCCUUGACAGCGAAACGCAUUUCCUCAACAACACUUUGUUGGAGUACGUAGAUUUGACGCGACAGCUUCUAGAGGCAGAAAACGAAAAGGACUCUGACACGCUGAAGGAUAUCCGGUGUCAUUUCAGUGCCUUAGUGGCGAAUAUCAUUCAGAACGUGCCAGUGCACCAGAGAAGAAGUAUUUUUCCUCAACAAAGCCUUCGUCACAGUCUGUUUAUGCUGUUCAGUCACUGGGCAGGCCCCUUUAGCAUCAUGUUUACACCCUUGGACAGAUACAGUGAUAGGAAUAUGCAAAUCAAUAGACAUCAAUACUGUGCAUUAAAGGCCAUGUCUGCUGUCCUGUGUUGUGGCCCUGUUGCAGACAAUGUGGGACUGUCAUCCGAUGGUUAUUUAUACAAGUGGCUGGAUAACAUUCUGGACUCUCUGGAUAAAAAGGUUCACCAGCUGGGCUGUGAGGCAGUCACGUUGCUGCUGGAGCUGAACCCAGAUCAGAGCAACCUGAUGUACUGGGCCGUGGACCGCUGCUACACGGGUUCCCGGAGGGUAGCAGCGGGCUGCUUCAAAGCCAUUGCCAACGUGUUCCAGAACAGGGAUUAUCAGUGUGACACAGUGAUGCUCCUAAACCUGAUACUGUUUAAAGCAGCUGACUCUUCUAGAAGUAUCUAUGAAGUUGCUAUGCAACUCUUACAGAUCCUGGAACCGAAGAUGUUUCGCUAUGCCCACAAAUUGGAAGUUCAGAGAACAGAUGGAGUCCUCAGCCAGCUGUCCCCGCUGCCGCAUCUGUAUUCCGUUUCUUAUUACCAGUUGUCUGAGGAACUAGCCAGGGCGUAUCCAGAGCUCACUCUCGCCAUGUUCUCAGAGAUCAGCCAGCGGAUCCAAACGGCUCACCCAGCAGGGCGGCAGGCCAUGCUUCAUUAUCUCCUGCCCUGGAUGAACAACAUCGAGCUGGUUGAUUUCAAACCUCUGCCCUCAGCGAGACGGCAGGAUGAAGAUGAGGAUGAUUCACUAAAAGACAGAGAGCUCAUGGUGACGAGCAGGCGCUGGUUACGGGGAGAAGGCUGGGGAUCCCCACAGGCCACCGCCAUGGUGUUGAACAAUCUCAUGUACAUGACAGCGAAGUAUGGUGAUGAGCUGGCCUGGUCGGAGGUGGAGAACGUGUGGACCACACUGGCAGAUGGCUGGCCAAAGAACCUGAAAAUUAUUUUGCACUUUUUGAUCAGCAUUUGUGGGGUGAAUAGUGAACCAAGCCUUUUGCCUUACGUGAAGAAAGUCAUCGUUUAUCUGGGCAGAGACAAAACGAUGCAGCUGCUAGAAGAGCUGGUGAGUGAGCUUCAGCUCACAGACCCCGUCAGCUCGGGCGUCACGCACAUGGACAACCCGCCCUACUACCGUAUAACUUCCAGCUGCAAAAUCCCUUCAGUCACCUCAGGAACUACUUCCAGUAGCAAUACAAUGGUAGCUCCCACAGACUGCAACGCCGACAGUAAGGCCCUGAAGGAGAACUUUGAAGAGAACUAUGUGCACCUGGACAUCUACGGUGGCCUGAACAGUCAUUUAAACCGACAACAUCACAGACUGGAGUCUCGAUACAGCAGCAGUUCCGGAGGGUCUUACGAAGAGGAAAAAAGUGACUCAAUGCCACUUUAUUCUAAUUGGCGCCUGAAAGUGAUGGAGCAUAACCAAGGAGAGCCACUGCCCUUCCCACCAGCUGGAGGCUGCUGGUCACCACUGGUGGAUUACGUGCCUGAAACGUCAUCACCUGGAUUACCUCUUCACAGGUGUAACAUAGCCGUGAUCCUGCUGACAGACCUGAUCAUUGACCACAGUGUGAAGGUGGAAUGGGGCAGCUACCUCCAUCUUCUUCUUCAUGCAAUUUUUAUAGGGUUUGACCACUGCCACCCAGAGGUGUACGAACAUUGCAAGCGCCUGCUUCUGCACUUACUAAUAGUGAUGGGACCCAACAGUAACAUCCGAACUGUUGCCUCUGUCCUUCUCAGGAACAAGGACUUCAAUGAGCCCAGGGUGUUGACAGUCAAGCAGACUGCACACUCCGAGUACACUUUCACAGCAGGCAUUAACGAUUUUAUACCUGAUUACCAGACCUCCCCCAUGACUGACUCAGGGCUUAGCUCAAGUUCUACCUCCUCUAGUAUCAGCUUAGGAAACAACAGCGCUGCCAUUUCACAGCUCCACACCACCCUCCUCGGCGAGGUGGACCUCUCAGUGGAGCAGGAUGGAAAAGUCAAAACCCUCAUGGAGUUUAUUACCUCAAGAAAACGAGGGCCCCUUUGGAACCAUGAGGAUGUUUCCGCCAAGAACCCCAACAUCAAAAGUGCCGAGCAGCUCACCGCCUUCCUGAAGCACGUGGUUUCUGUGUUCAAGCAGUCAAAUGCAGAAGGAAUACACCUGGAGCGUCACCUCAGUGAGGUUGCUCUGCAGACGGCACUCUCCUGUUCUUCUCGACACUAUGCUGGGAGAUCCUUCCAGAUUUUCAGGGCACUGAAGCAGCCCCUGUCUGCACACACACUUUCCGACGUCCUCUCCAGGCUUGUGGAAACCGUGGGGGACCCAGGGGAGGAUGCGCAGGGAUUUGUGAUUGAACUGCUUCUCACCUUGGAAUCUGCAAUUGAUACCUUGGCCGAAACCAUGAAGCAUUACGAUCUGCUUUCUGCCCUUUCUCAAACCUCAUACCAUGAUCCUGUAAUGGGAAACAAGUAUGCAGCUAACAGAAAAAGCACUGGGCAGCUCAACCUAAGCACAGGUCCCAUUAACAGCAGCAGUUACCUGGGCUACAACAGUAACACGAGAAGUAACUCUUUGAGGUUAAGUUUAGUUGGCGACCGCAGAGGGGACCGGAGGCGGAGCAACACACUGGAUAUAAUGGACGGACGGAUCAACCACAGUGGUAGCUUGGCGAGGACUCGAAGCCUUUCCUCGCUGAGAGAGAAAGGACUGUAUGACGCACAGCCCGCCACCGAGCCCACCAACCUGAUGGCCACCAUCUUCUGGAUAGCGGCGUCUCUGUUAGAAUCUGACUAUGAAUACGAAUACCUCCUGGCUCUCAGGCUUCUCAACAAGCUGCUCAUCCACUUGCCCCUGGAUAAGUCGGAGAGUCGAGAGAAGAUUGAGAACGUACAGAGCAAGUUGAAGUGGAGUAACUUUCCAGGCCUUCAGCAGCUCUUCCUUAAGGGCUUUACCUCAGUGUCUACCCAAGAGAUGACUGUGCAUCUCCUCAGUCAACUCAUUUCGGUCUCCAAGCACACGUUGGUGGAUCCGUCCCAGCUGUCAGGCUUCCCUCUUAACAUCCUUUGCUUACUGCCUCACCUAAUCCAGCACUUUGACAGCCCAACUCAGUUUUGCAAGGAAACCGCUAGUCGAAUAGCAAAGGUCUGUGCAGAAGAGAAGUCCCCGACGCUGGUGAACCUGGCUCACAUGAUGAGUUUGUACAGCACACACACCUAUUCUAGAGACUGCUCCAACUGGAUCAAUGUGGUGUGUCGGUACCUGCACGACUCCUUCUCAGACGCGACCUUCGGUCUUGUGACUUACCUGGCAGAGCUGUUAGAAAAAGGACUGUCCAGUAUGCAGCAGUCAUUGCUACAGAUUAUCUAUAGUCUGUUGAGUCACGUCGACCUGUCUGCUGCCCCGGCCAAGCAGUUUAACCUGGAGAUCAUAAAGAUUAUUGGUAAAUAUGUACAGAGUCCUUACUGGAAGGAGGCCCUCAACAUCCUAAAGCUGGUGGUGUCCCGCUCUGCAAGCCUUGUUGUACCCAAUGACAUCCCCAAGGCCUAUGGAGUGGAUGUAGGUUCUCCUGAAAUAUCCUUCGCUAAAAUCUUCAAUAACGUCUCAAAGGAGUUGCCCGGCAAGACCUUGGACUUUCACUUUGACAUCUCUGAGACGCCCAUCAUUGGAAACAAAUACGGAGGCCAGCACAGCGCUGCGGGAAGGAACGGGAAAGCGAAGGUGAUUGCCGUCACCAGGAGCACCUCCUCCACCUCCUCUGGCUCCACUUCCAAUGCCCUGGUUCCCGUCAGUUGGAAAAGGCCACAGUUAUCACAGCGGAGAACAAGAGAGAAGCUGAUGAGCGUGCUAUCUCUCUGUGGCCCCGAAUCCGGCCUCCCGAAGAAUCCCUCUGUUGUGUUUUCUUCUAACGAGGAUUUGGAAGGCGGGGACCAGCAGACCAGCUUGAUUUCCACCACAGAGGACAUAAUCCAGGAAGAAGAAGUUGCCGUUGAAGACAACAGCAGUGAGCAACAGUUCGGCGUCUUUAAGGACUUCGACUUCCUGGAUGUUGAGUUGGAAGAUGCAGAGGGGGAGAGCAUGGACAAUUUCAACUGGGGAGUCCGCCGGCGCUCGCUGGACAGUAUUGACAAAGGAGAUACACCGUCCCUCCAGGAGUACCCGUGCUCUAGCAGCACUCCCAGCUUGACGCUGACGAACCAGGAGGACACGGACGAGUCCUCAGAGGAAGAAGCCGCCCUCACGGCAAGCCAGAUCCUGUCACGCACACAGAUGCUCAACAGUGACUGUGUGGCGGAUGACAUGACGCCCGAGCACCAGGACCUGCUGCAGUCUCAGGAUUCCGCCAGCAGCAACACCACAGAAGACGUUCUACAGAUCAGAGAUGAGCCCAGUUUGGAGGCCUGUCUCGAUAAUGCUCGCAGCCAGCUGCCUGAGGAUACAAGUUCAGUAUUAAAGGAGGAACAUGUUACAGCCUUUGAAGAUGAAGGGUCAUACAUUAUUCAAGACCAACAGGACCAGCUAGUGUGUCGAGGAAUCCUUGAUUUAGAAGAAACUGACAUGCCAGAGCCUCUGGCCCCGGAAAGCUACCCCGAGUCCAUCUGCGAAGAGGACGUCACCUUGGCUUUGAAGGAGCUGGAUGAACGGUGUGAGGAGGAAGAGGCUGAUUUCUCUGGGUUGUCCAGUCAAGAGGAAGACGAACAGGAUGGUUUUCCGGAAGUGCAGUCCUCGUCGCCUCUGCCCACGCCCUUUCUGUCCGCCAUCAUAGCAGCCUUUCAGCCCGUGGCUUACGAGGAUGAGGAAGAGGCCUGGCGCUGCCAUGUCAGUCAGAUGCUGUCAGACACGGACGGAUCGUGCGCGGUGUUUACCUUCCACGUGUUCUCAAGGCUGUUUCAGACAAUUCAAAGAAAGUUUGGGGAGCUAACAAACGAAGCCGUGGGCUUUCUUGGUGAGAGUCUACAGCGCAUCGGUACCAAGUUUAAAAGCUCGCUGGAAGUGAUGAUGACAUGUUCAGAAUGCCCCACCGUCUUUGUGGACGCCGAGACGCUAAUGGCCUGCGGUUUGCUAGAAACACUCAAGUUCAGUGUCUUGGAGCUGCAGGAACAUCUGGAUACCUACAACACCAAGAGAGAAGCAGCUGAGCAGUGGUUAGAGAAUUGUAAGAGGACGUUCGGUGCCAGUGAAGACAUAUAUAGGAUAAACACCAAUGCACAACAAAUGGGAAUUCUAGCAGAGUUGGAGCUUUGCAGGCGGUUGUACAAACUGCACUUCCAGCUGCUGCUUCUGUUCCAGGCCUACUGCAAGCUCAUCAACCAAGUAAACACGAUCAGAAACGAAGCAGAGGUCAUCAACAUGUCAGAGGAACUUGCCCAGCUGGAAGGUAUCCUUAAGGAAGCCGAGGCGGCUUCGGAAAAUGAAGAGAUCGAUAUUUCCAAAGCUGCACAGACCACAAUAGAAACCGCCAUUCAUUCUCUGAUUGAAACCCUGAAAAACAAGGAGUUUGUGUCGGCGGUAGCCCAAGUCAAAGCUUUUAGAACCCUCUGGCCCAACGACAUCUUCGGCAGCUGUGAAGACGACCCCGUGCAGACGCUGUUACACAUCUACUUCCACCAUCAGACCCUCGGCCAGACGGGCAGCUUUGCGGUCAUCGGCUCAAACCUGGACAUGUCUGAGGCUAACUCCAAACUGAUGGAACUUAACCUGGAGAUCAGAGAGUCUCUUCGCAUGGUGCAGUCCUAUCCACUUCUAGCACAGGCCAAACCAGUGGGAAAUAUGGCGAGCACUGGAUUCUGAGCAACUUCUGAUACUCGAGAGAGGAGGGAGUAAAGCUGAAAAUGAUCAAGAUUAUUAACCAAGCACCUUUUAUGAACCCUUGUGAUUCACUGAUAACUUAUGGGCGGCACCUUCAAUUGUAGUCUACUAAUUUCAAACUGUCAAAAACAAAAAACCCUGAAGAACAAUAUCUAACUGCUUAACUGCUGCCUAUACCUCCACAGUAACUGUAUGAAGAAGGAGUUUUGUUUUGUUUUUUUAACCUAUGUGAAAAAAGAAAAAGGGCUAAAAGAUGCAUCCGAGUACAUUACUCUGGAGGAAAGAAUAGAAUUCCGAAGACGUUUGCAAUAAUGGCCUCCAAGACAUGGCAGGGCGGGUGAUGUGAGGCUGGGAUCGGGGCCAAUUCAUUUUAGCUGAAGACCUGCCACCUGCAGAGUCACCUGGAUUUCUAGCUGUCAUCAACAUAACCUACAGUUGACGCUAAUCAUCAUCAACGACAUGACGACCAUCCAGUCCGACAAAUAACAGACUUAUUUGCAAAAACCAUUGGGUCUGGGGUUUUGGUUUUGUUUUCUCCCAACGUAUGGGAUAAGGGUUGGGGGGGGGGUGGUGUUUGUAGGGUUUUUGUUUUGUUUUGUUCUUGGUCUGUAUAUGGAAUUAUGUGUGUGUGAGCUGGAGUGUGUGAGCGUGUGACAGUCCGAUUUCCAAAGUGUGGAUGUCUGGUGACAACUUCUCAGAGCAUGCCUAAAAGAGCACUGCAAGAUUAUUUUUGAAAAAAUUUUAUUUUAUUAGAUCUAACUCUUCAUAGUGUGUAAAUGUUAGAACACUUUAAUAAUAUUUUAAAACUGGGCUUUCCCAGUGUCUCAAAAAAAAGAAAGAAAUAAUAUAUCUGUUAAUAUUAUUGGACUCUGCUGCUGAGCUCUCUGAUCAGUGCUUGUGUUGAUAUUGUUGAUAACUAACCAAAGUAGAUGCCUGCAGAGACUUUAAAAUGUAAAAUACAGAUGUGCGCUGCCCGUCAGCGCCCCUCAUUAGACAAGUUAACUUAUUUUACUCAUAAUUAUUAUAGAUACUGCAUAGACUAAAACCUGUAUUUUCCUGUACAUUCGUGCCAUGCACUGUUAUACCAGAGUACACGUACAGAGCUAAAGGAAAAGCUGUGGUCACUGAUGGUGGACUGUGUGGUCUGCAGGCUCGGAGGGCCUCAGACGUCCAGAGGUGCAGAUGGUUUGUGUGUUUAUGCAGGACUCAGCUGGUUUCAGGCUAGAGGAGCCUUGGAAGACAAAAGCCUGAAGACUGACUCCCAAAACACGCAAUAUACUCCUCCACUGUCUAAGUGUGUAACGUAACACACACUGGAUCCUCUGUCCUUUUUUUUAAAAUAGCAUUUUGUAAAGGAAAUGAAUGUAGUCCCACGACUCCUGAUUUGAAAGGAACACCUUGUAUUUUUUAUAUGCAUCUCUUAUCCACUGUGACUUUUAUUUUCAAACUGGGCUCUGUGAACUCCAGAGUUUGGAAUGUAGAAAUGAAUUGCUUCGCUUUGCCUUUUCCUAGGGGUGUGGGCCCUGACAGAAAUGUAAUUAUGCUCAAGUGCAUUAAUCGAAGGCACUGUGCACGUCGCUGGACUGCUGGCCAUAGUUAUGCUUCCUGUCAAAUUCCAUAACUGGUCACAGCACAUUCAUAAUCACUGUAUUUUUUGACCCAGAUUAAAAAAAAACAAUUAUUUUAAUGGUGUUCUGGUACUGUAAAUGGUGUCCUUUAAAUUAUUAAUAACUUUUGGGUUGGGGGGGCAGGCACAGGGAUGGUGUCCAGAGACACACCACACUUCACAUCCCCCCUCUCCCAUCUUUCUCAUCCUCCUUACAUCCUUUUUGUUAAAAAUAA